AUGGCGCACGUCACCUACCUGAGCGCGGAGGAGUUCGAGCGCCUAGCAGCCGACCGAUCGAAGCGCGUCGCGGUUGUCGACGUGAGGGACGAGGAGAGGCAGAUGGACGGGCACAUUCACGGCAGCGUGCAUGCGCCCAGCGAGACCUUCCGCGACCACCUGCCGCACCUCGCCACGCGCCUCGCCAACCACGAUGCUGUCGUCUUCCACUGCGCCCUCUCCCAGGUGCGCCCCCUCCCAGGUGCGCCCUCUCCCAGGUUCGCCCUCUCCCAGGUGCGCCCUCUCCCAGGUGCGCCCUCUCCCAGGUGUGCCCUCUCCCAGGUGCGCCCUCUCCCAGGUGUGCCCUCUCCCAGGUGCGCCCUCUCCCAGGUGCGCCCUCUCCCAGGUGUGCCCUCUCCCAGGUGCGCCCUCUCCCAGGUGCGCCCUCUCCCAGGUGUGCCCUCUCCCAGGUGCGCCCUCUCCCAGGUGCGCCCUCUCCCAGGUGUGCCCUCUCCCAGGUGCGCCCUCUCCCAGGUGCGCCCUCUCCCAGGUGCGCCCUCUCCCAGGUGCGCCCUCUCCCAGGUGCGCUCCUCCCUCUCCUCCCCUGUCUCGCUCUCCCCUCUCUGCUCUCCCUCGUGUCCCGCUGCUCUCUCUCUCAUCUCCCUCGUUGCUUCCGUCUGGCUCACCUCGCUCGCCUCUCUGAAGUCCCCAUCGCUAAUUCUUUCUCCCACAUCGGCCACCACCACCCCCUCGGUGCAUUCUCCCUUUCCUCAACCCCCCUCUCCCCAACCCCCGCGCCCCUCCCCAUCUCAUUUCCUUCCUUCACGCCAUCACUGCUCCAGUGCCUUCAUACCAAUGUGCUCACUUGGUCGUUCCCAUUCAAUUGUCUUUCUCAUUGUCACCUCUCUGCUUCCUCCUGCUUACAGCAGUUCAGCCACUCCUCUCUCCAUACUGGUGCUUGUCACACAGGUGUUCCCUACCCAUGUUCACACCUCUGUUGUCACAUUUGCAUGCACUUUUACGGCACUUAAGACCUUUUCUCUGAUCCACAAGUUCCUUACCCACCCCUGUCUCCCCAUGUGUUUCUUGUCUUGCCUGUCUCAGCUUAUGUUGGGUUCUCUCUCCUACCUCCCUGGCUGCCCUAGUGCUCUCACAGUCCCCCACUUCAGCGCCCUCCUGCGACCUACCAUCACGCCCCGUGGCGGCCUUGCCGCGCCCUCGUCGCACACUGCGCACCCUAGUCGCGCCCUACGCACCAAGGUCAUGCCCUGGCCGCCCCCCCCCCCCGGGCCCUAG